AUGCCCCCGAAAGUCGCCAGCCUCUGUGAGCUCUGCCAUGGGCGCAAGGCGGUGAUGAAGCGGCCCAAGAACGCCCAGAAGCUCUGCAAGCCGUGCUUUUUCCUCGUGUUCGAGACCGAGAUCCACCACACGAUCACGCUGGCCCGGCUCUUUGCCCGCGGCGACCGCGUCGCCAUCGGCGCCCUGGGCGGCAAGGACUCCACCGUGCUCGCCCUGGUGCUCAAGACGCUCAACGAGCGCUACGACUACGGCGUCGACCUCGUGUUGUUGUCGAUCGACGAGGGCAUCGUCGGCUACCGCGACGACUCGCUCGCCACCGUCAAGCGCAACCAGCAGCAGUACGCCAUGGACCUCGAGAUCUUGCUGUACAAGGAGUUGUACGACUGGACGAUGGACGAGAUCGUCGCCUGCGCCGGCAUCCGCUCCAGCUGCACCUACUGCGGCGUCCUCCGCCGCCAGGCCCUCGACCGCGGCGCCCAGAAGUUGGGGAUCUCCCACGUCGUCACCGGCCACAACGCCGACGACAUCGCCGAGACGGUGCUCAUGAACUUGUUGCGCGGGGACACGGCGCGCCUCGAGCGGCUGACGGCGGUGGUGACGACGUCGGACGGCUCCCCCGUCAGGCGGCUGAAGCCGUUCAAGUACACCUACCAGAAGGAGAUCGUCCUCUACGCCCACUACAAGCAGCUCGACUACUUCUCCACCGAGUGUCUGUACGCCCCGGAGGCGUUCCGGGGCACCGCGCGCGAGUUGCUCAAGCAGCUCGAGCUGAUCCGGCCUCUGUGCAUCAUCGACAUCAUCUACCUGGGCGAGCACUUGGCGCUCAAACAGCGCACCAAGCGCGCCACCCAGCGCACGAAAAACGUCAAGAAAACCGACACUUUGGCCCCCACCGAGGUCGAAAUCACCACCAGCAUCGGCGGCAACCGCUGCGCCCGGUGCGGCUACAUCUCGUUCAACGCCGUGUGCCAGGCGUGUGUGCUUUUGCAAGGGUUGGAGCGCGCCAAGGUCGCCAUCGACGGCGACCAGCUGGCGGUGGGCGCCGCCCGCCUCGGCAAGGAGCUCGAGCAGUUGACGUUCUAG